AUGGGGCGUGAUACCGUCCUGUCCCGGCCGGCCAUCGAGGCAAUGGUGGCCAAUGGCGACGCCGUCGUCAUCUUCCAGGACCAUGUGCUGCGGCUCAACUCGUGGCUGCGUGUUCAUCCCGGUGGUGACCUGGCCAUCCGACACAUGAUUGGCAGAGAUGCGACGAGCGAAAUCACCCUAUACCAUGCGGCCCAUACUGUCCAGACUAUGAAGGCCUUUCGGAUCGGCCGGAAGCCUACGGGUCCCUGGGCUAACAUGACACCACCAAUCAGGGCCGCAUCAUCGAGCGAUCCCUCUGUUAAGUCCGCGCCCUCCGCAGAUGCGACUCCAGCCCUGUCGGAGAAGCAUCUCUUGGACCAGGAUGUCGAUGGCUGCGUCGGCGUCGAUUCCGUCCCUGGCGUCGCCGCCCUAUCCGAAAAGUCCGCGGGCGCGGGCGAGGCCUGUCUCCAGACGGGCAGCCAGCUGAAGCCAACAUCGUGCUCUCGCCGCCCAUCCCCCAGCGGCGCUGCUGCUAUGCCUCUGCUGCCGCCGCCCGUCGUCGAGGACGAAAAGGCACUCGAGGCCGCCCGUCUGCUGCCGCGCGGACGCAAGCACAUGACGCCCGAGCAGUACACGCAAUGGGCCAUGCAGCAGCAGCGCGAGACCGACAUGGAUGAGUAUCCAUCGCUGGAUCAGGACGUGCAACUCGCUAUUACGGCAAAGUACAUGAAGCUCCAUGAGCAAGUUGAUGCGCAGGGACUGUACGAGUGCCCGUAUUUCGAGUAUGCCAAGGAAAUGGCGCGCUAUACUACGCUCUUUGUCAUGUCCAUGUUUGCGCUCUACAAGACCUGGUAUCUUGUGUCGGCCUUUUUCCUCGGGCUAUUCUGGCACCAAAUCAUGUUUACAGCCCACGAUGCUGGCCAUCGGGCCAUUACCCAGAUUUUCGAGGUUGAUACUCUGAUUGGCAUGUUUAUUGCCGACUUUUGCUGUGGCCUUUCCAUUGGCUGGUGGAAGAGCAGCCACAAUGUUCACCACCUCAUUACCAACCAACCUGAACAUGACCCCGAUAUUCAAAACGUUCCCUUGUUCGCCACCUGCCCCUCUUUCUUUUCAUCGCUGCGCUCUACCUACUACGACUUUACCUUUGUCUGGGACAAGGCCGCCGAGGUGCUCGUCCCCUGGCAAAAGUACACCUACUACCCCGUCAUGGGCAUCGCCCGCUUCAACCUCUACCUCCUCUCCUGGAUCCAUGUCCUCUGCAGGUCAUCGCAGCUCGGCGGCAGCAAGGCCUGGUGGAUUCGCCCGACCGAGAUUUCCUUCAUGGCCUGCUACUGGUUCCUCUUUGGCUACAUGCUGUUGUGGCGCACGCUCCCCGACUGGACCACGCGUGUCCUCUACGUGCUCGUCUCCCACAUCAUCACCAUGCCGCUGCACGUCCAAAUCACCCUCUCCCACUGGGGCAUGUCGACGGCCCACCUCGACGAGGACGAGUCCUUUCCCCAGCGCCAGCUUCGCACCACCAUGGACGUCGACUGCCCCGCCUGGCUGGACUUUAUCCACGGCGGAUUGCAGUUCCAGGCUGUCCACCAUCUGUUUCCGCGCAUGCCCCGACACAACUUGCGCAAGGCACAGACCAUGGUCAGGCAGUUUUGCGACGAGACGGGCAUUCCGUAUGCCAUUAUGAACUUUACAGACGGCAACAAAAAAGUACUCGGUCGUUUGGACGAAAUCGGCGAGCAGGUUCGCAUUCUCGUCAGCUGCCAAAAGUACAUGGCAGAGACGGGCGAGAGCGGGCUGCACUAA